CCUAGCUGCUUGCCCGAGCUGCCGCGUACGCCCGUCGGCGGGCGAACGGGUCUUCCAGCCUCCGCAGCAGGUAGGCUUCCACGCCGGGCCCGACCCCUCAAGGCUUCCAGUGGAGCAGUCCCGCGUUUGGGCGUGAGCCCCGUCUGGCAGGCAAGACUGGGGCGAGGCUGUGGCGGAGCAGGAAAGGAAUGCGAGUGGGAAGCAGAAAGAGCGAGGCGCAAGCUGCAGCGGGCAUGUAGCGACAGAUCCCGCUAGCAGAGAGGCGCGGGGAGCCGGCCCGGGGCUCACGCGGCAGAGGGCGGGCUUUCGCGUUCUCCCGGGGAAGCCAGAGGAAGAGGAAAACGCGGCUUCGAUUGGCGGACGACGCGGCCGUUUCACUGGCAGCGCCUCCCGGCCGGAGGGUCUCUCGCAGCUCCUAUGGCGGCGUCGGAGAAGGUCCUGCGGGAGGGGGUGCUGGAGAAGCGCAGCGGAGGGCUGCUGCAGCUCUGGAAGAAAAAGCGCUGCCUGCUCAGCGAGAAGGGGCUGCGGCUCUUUGAGGCCGGCAGCCGGGGCUCCACGCGCUGCAAGGAGUUCACCUUCGCGCACGUCAAAGCCGUCGAGUGCGUGGAGUGGAAGCAGCGGCACAUCUACUUCACAGUGGUGACGGACGACGGCGCCGAGAUCGACUUUCGCUGCCCCCAGGAAGACCCCAGCUGGAACGCCGACAUCACUCUGGCGCUGGUGCGCUUCCAGAACCAGCAAGCGGUGCAGAUCGUGCGCGCCAGGCACAGCUGCAGGGCAGCAUUUCAACAAGGGUCAACUUCAACCAGCCAGAUUCUGGUGAAUGGGUCUAAGAAAUCUGACUCUCAGCUAAACAUGGAGAGGGUGGAGGAAUUUAUAGCUGUGACUUCACCUGCUAGUGGACAAAAGGCAAUUUCUAGCUGCAACUGAAUGAAGACCACUACUUACUUUGAUGCGGCAUCUCUGCUACAAAAUGAGAAAAUGCCUGGUUAAGCCAGCUGAAUAUGGAUCACAACAAUGGUUAGAAACAGUUUUUGUUUUUCUCCUCUGUUUUUUCUAUGAUACUUAAGAACUUGGUCUGCAGAUAAGGCAUUGAGAAAGUUUCCUAUUGGACUGACAGUUUGCUUUCUACUGUCAUUAGUCUUACCUCCAGUGAUGGACAACUACUGUGAUUCAGGAGAAAGUUGCAGCAACUAUGACAAAAAGGAAUCAUUCCAUCACUUAGUGUGUGACCCAGCCUGAUGCAGAGUGAACAGUGCCGGAAUAGAUUGAACUUGCAAGUGAGGAACAUAUUUGCUAUUGAAUCUGAGCAUGUUAGAUAUGCUAUAGCAGUAAUUUCAUGGUUAAAAAAGCAGAGAACAUCUGCCUUCAGUUAAUCAAGUGGCUCAUAUGGAAGGUGCAAUUGUGAGCCUGCCACUCUGACCUAAAAAGUCACAGGUUAUCAGGAAGAUGCUGCUGGAGUAGAUGCAGAGAAUUAAUAUAUAUUGAUUGUGUGUCCCGCUGUUUUCUGCCAAAAAGUUAGCACUCGCUGGGCCAGUGUCCUGACAAUCCAUAAUUUCAGCUUAGUGAAUCAUAUCAACAUCUGGUAUUAAGUAACAUUGCUUUAUUAAGUAAGAUUCUUUAUGUUAGACUUCUAGAUAGUAGGGUGGAAGCCUCAAGAUAGGAAUUCAUGUGCAAGACUGAAGGGCUGUUUAUUUCAGUCCUUUGAAGACUGAAGCAUGCCACCAUCUUUUUCUUCCACUGUCCUAAGACUUAUUUACUUAUUUGGGGGCAUGGGAAGAAAUAGGUAAGCGCUUGCACUUCCUUUUGAAGCAUAAUUAUGAACCCAAAAUGGAACUAGGACUGUCCUUAUGCCUUAUGGUACAAAGAUAGAGAGUGGGUGCCUAUUCAUCCAUUAGAGAGGGCAUUUUACCCUUAUUCAGGAGUGAUGCCUAACAAAUAAAACAGUGUCAAAUAGGAGUAUGCACUGUUCCCAAUAUUACUAUUCCUACUUUCUAAUUCCCACUUUUUCAUCUUUGUGGAAACUCCUUGUUCUUGUGAAGGAGAAUACUAACUUCCUAAUGUUCAAAUGACCCCUUCAGUUUUUCCUAACCACAACAGAGAAGGACCUGGAAUAGGUCUGCCCCUGCUUGUCUUGAUCUCUUCAGACCAAAUACUUAAACAGAGCUUAUGCACUAUAGAAUUGGAAGAGAUCUGACACAGGAAAAAUUUUAGUAACAUUAUUCAUAACAUUUCAAGAAACUCAACGCACACAGUUGCCUUGCUUUUAAAACAUGUUUUUUAGAUCAUUCUUUCCUAGCUACUGUAUGCUCAUUAUUUUGUAAUUAUGCAGAUUUAUACCGAUUAGGAGCAAUUAGUUAUAAAAAAAUAACCAUGACCUUAGCUUCAUGAAAGCCAAAGGAAGAUUAUGGAAAGUCUGUUAGAGAUAGUUUGGUCAUUAAUAUGAAUGUGAAGACAUUUCCUAUAUUGAGUUUGGUAUGUGUUGGUCAUGACAUGCAACUUCACAGCCUUAAAAUCUGGAUCUGUACAUUGUCUGCUGCCUUGUGUAAUGCUUGUGACCAUCAGUAGCAUCAUUUCCUGUAGAUGAUGAAAAUAUGUUCUGCUGUGCCAAUCACUCAAUCUCCUUUGCUUUUCUUUGGUCCAUGACUAUUGAUGGCAUUCCAUGUUAUCAGUCUCCACUGCUACUUCCUUCUCUGGGCAUCAUUGCCCUCAUUUAGCUAAUGUUGACCAAUUAUAAUGAGCAAUGAUAAAUCUGACAAGCUCCCAAACUUUGAUAAAAUUAUUAAGGAUACUGUAACUCUUCAAAAUAAGAAGUAAUAUGAAAGUGGGUACCCUGUUAAUUGCAUUAGGAGUUUUAGAUUAAAUUCUGUGAUUAAAUAAAUUAAAUAAAUAUCAUUA